GAGACCCUUGAAUAAAUGUGUGGAGAGCACAAAAAAUGGUUAAACACAAUGAAGACCUCCUUUUCCAUUUGCUUGCUGCCCUUCCUCGCUGUUGCCUUUGUGCAUACAUUUGAACCUUCAUUGGAUGAAGCUUGGUUGAACUGGAAGUCAUUUCACAAUAAAGAGUAUGCUGAGGAUGAAGGCAAUUAUAGAAGGAUGGUGUGGGAGAAACAUUUGAAACAAAUUCAGCUUCAUAAUCUCGAGCACUCGAUGGGGAAGCACACGUACCAGCUGGGGAUGAAUCACUUCGGAGAUCUUACAACUGAUGAAUUCCAACAAUUCAUGAAUCAAGUUCACCGGCUUGAAAUGAUGAACUCAACCAGGAAAGAGCAUGCUGGGCCCAGACCAUUCCGCCUUCCUCAGAGCAUUGACUGGAGGGCCAAGGGUUAUGUUACUCCAGUGAAAAACCAGUAUGCCUGUGGCUCCUGCUGGGCUUUCAGUGCAGUUGGUGCCCUUGAAGGACAGACAUUCAAGAAGAUAGGAAAACUAAUUUCCUUGAGUGAACAGAACUUGGUCGAUUGCUCCAAUGCGGAGGGUAACCACGGAUGCAAUGGCGGGCUGAUGGAAUUUGCCUUCAACUAUGUUCAGUCUAAUGGUGGGAUUGACACAGAGGAUUAUUACCCAUACACUGCAAAGGAAGGCACCUGUAAAUAUAAUCCCAAUUACAGUCCAACCACUUGCCAUGGCUCCAGGUUUGUAGCCAGAGGUAAUGAAACCGCGCUAGCUGAAGCAGUGGCCACUGUUGGACCAAUAUCAGUCGCUAUUGAUGCAAAACAACCAUCAUUUCAGUUUUACAGAUCAGGUGUUUACUACGAACCAAACUGCAAAAGCAUUGAUAUCAAUCAUGGAGUGCUGGUAGUGGGAUAUGGAACUGAAAAUGGUCAUAACUACUGGAUCGUUAAAAACAGUUUUGGACUAUGGUGGGGUGACAAAGGCUACAUCAAGAUGUCCAAGGACAGAGGCAACAACUGUGGAAUUGCUAACUACGCAGUGUACCCUCUUGUUUAGAAAGCCGAAGAGAGCAAUUUCUCUAUAAAACAAAACUUCCUGCACUUUUUACAAUGUUAAACAUUUUUACUUGCUACAGUAUGAUUGUUCCCUUAUUACAGGCCCUGGAUUAUGAGGAAAUUCUGGCUUCUUCCCUGAAAAGAUCACUCCAGUUUAUGUGAUGUUAUUCUGGCAAAGUUAAUGAUUUCAAUUGUGGACUCACUCAGAAUGAACCUGUUGUUAAAUUUGAUAUGAGAUAAGCCCCUUCCAAGGAGUGAAGUUACCAUUAAAUGUACAUUUCUUUCAAGAAUGCUGCAGUGAAUAGACCACAUUAAAUUUAAGCAGUGGAAACGCCAAGCUACUAUUUUCAGUAUUCCUGACCAUUUAUCUUUCCUUUCAAUUUUGUGAAGUCAUUCCGUACUGGAAUCGAGAGUCCCUCACAAUGACUUUGAUAAUGAAUUAGGGAUCUGUAUAUAAAUAAAAAGAACCAAAUUACA